AUGGAAGAAAGUGCAUUUUUAAUGGAUGCUAUCGAAACACCAAAUUUACUCGAACAAAAUUCUCCACUUUAUUUAUUUAUGAGUAAAGAUGGUAAAGAUAAAGAUACCAACAGUAUUAGCAGUAGUGGUAGUAUUUCAAAUAUCCUCCUCCAACAACAGCAACAACAACUACAACUACAACAACAACUACAACAACAACAAGCCAAAGAAGUAAAAGAUACAAUAAAUAGCAUUGAUGCACAAUCCAAUGGAGAUAAUGAUAAUGAUGAUGACGAACAAAGAUUAAAAAAACAAAAACUCUCAGAUCAUGAUCACCAAUACCAAGUUGUUGAUCAAUCUGUUAAACUAACAGUAGAAUCACCACUACCAUCUUUCUCUGAUUUAUUAUCACAACAUUCACAAAAUUCACAACAACCACAACAUCAACAACAACUACAACCACAACAGCAACAGCAGGAAUUAAAAGAAAAUCAAGAAGAAGAACAACAACCACAACAACAACAACAACAGCAACAAGAAACAUUACAAGCUCAAUUUACGACUGAUACGACUCAACAACAACAACAACAACAAGAAAUUAUUGAAUAUCAUUAUUCAACACCACCACAACCACCACCACCACCACCAGUAGUUUUACCACUAUAUUCAAAUAAUCAUUUACAAAUGGAACAACCAGUAUUUACAGCACAAUUAUUAAUUCAACAAAGAAAUCUUAGACCAGUUUCACAAGAUAUUAAAAUUGGUAAUGGUGAUGAUAAGAAAAAGGAAGCAUUGACAUUCCUCGCUUUCUACUUUAGAGUUGUACCAGGUAAAAAGAAUCCAAGUGUACCAAGAAGUACUGUACUCUCUUUAUAUACAAAUAAAAUUUCAUUAGAUAAAAGAUAUAAACAACCAAAUGAUAUGGCAAAUUUAUGUGGUGCUGUUUAUACUUUUAUAUUUCAAAAUUUAGAUGAAGGUUCAAUUAAAGAUUAUAUUGCAUCAGCAGAAAAUGAAAGAUCAACAUCAAAAAAUGAUGUUAAAAAGAGAAAAAAGAGAAAGAAUCAUGAUGUUUCAAAUGGUUUACUUAAUAAUCAUGAUGCAUUUUUAACAUGUAUAAAGUAUGCAUCAUUGUUACCAUUUAUUGAAUUUAUUCAUAGUAGUGAGUUACAACAGAAAAACUAUGGUGUAGAUUUUAAAAAUAGUCAUCCAGAUUGGGCUUUCACUCAUGAUGAGUUGGCAAGAUGGGAAAGUGAAUUACGUGAUAUUAAAUCAAUAAAUAAGAGAACUUACACAACUAUUGAUGAUAGUGAAUUUGCAGUGAACAAUAGUUAUACCAUUGGAGGAACUGGUACAGUGAUCCCAAUUGGUGGGGGUACUUUAGCAUCACCAUCACCAGCUUUAAGUUUAUUAGCAAAUAGUAGUAAUAAUAGUAAUAAUAAUAAUAAUGGUUCAAUGUUUUCCGAUGGUAAUGGAUUAGAUGGUAUUGGUGUAAAUAGUGGUGGUGGCAGUGUAUUUUCAAAUUCAAUUAUAGGUGGUGGUGGUAAUAAAAAUACUACAACUACAACAACAUGUGACAAUAAUAAUAAUAAUAAUAUGAAAAAUGGUAUUAAUAAUAAUAAUAAUAAUAAUAAUAAUAAUAAUAUAAACAAACAAAAUAAUACUAUUGGUGGUAAUAGUUGUGUAAACUUUUUUAAACAGAAUAGUAUUCCUGUUAAUGUAACUGAAACUAGUGAAUCAUUUAUAAUCUAUGCUUUUAUACCAUUCUAUAAACCAAAUGCUUUAAAAAUCACUGUCAAUCAAAUGGAUAUCAUUUUAGAAGGUAUUAUCUCAUUACCAGAUACUAUUCAAAUUCCAAACGGUUCAGAAAUCUCUGUACCAAAUACUCAAGUAAAUUGUAGACAAACUGAUAUUCAAGAAGGUCAUUUUUCAAAGGUUAUUAGAUUAUCCUCUCCAAUAGCUGCUUCAACCGUUGGUAAAAGGGAUGGUGUAGUUGUAAUUAUCGCUAAAAAGGAAGAAAAAUCUUCGACUGUUCAUCAACUAUAA